AUGUACGUCAUCGCCACGGCCACAGUUAUCAGUUAUCUCCUUGUCAUCAUCCUGUUCAUUACCCCGCGCACUUUCUUCGUUGGUGGUAGAGGUGGUGGGAGCUUCCUGGGCCGACGUGGGCGGUUAGGUGGCUCGUAUGGAAGCUCGUCCGUCAUAGGGAUUGGUGGCCGGCCGUGGCUACAGAAAGUCGCUGCCACCACCACUGCAAUAUCCCUUAGUAUCGCAACAGCAGACUCUUUCCGUGUCGCCAAAGAGCAAUAUGACCGCGGAUACAUGGACUCGAGCGCACUAACAGCCGAAGUUAUAGGUGGUGUGGAGAUUCGUGUUGUCCGCGUUAUUUCGAGCACUUUUCUUUGGCUGGCACAGGUCCAGACUUUGAUUCGCUUGUUUCCACGCCACAAGGAGAAAGUAAUCAUAAAAUGGACGGGUUUUGCGUUGAUAGUGCUGGAUGUAAUAUUCAGCAUCCUCAACAGUUUCAUCAGCCGAUCUCUGAACCCAAGUCGACCGAGGAAUAUUGUUGAGGCCAUACCAGCUCUCAAUUACUUGUUUGAGCUAUCUUUGAGCUUAUUAUACGCUGCCUGGGUUAUUUUCUAUUGCCUUUCUAAACAUCGCUUUGCCUUCUUCCAUCCCAGAAUGCGCAACAUUUGCCUGGUGGCCUUGUUGUCUCUCGUUUCAGUUGUUAUCCCCAUUGUAUUCUUUGUAUUAGAUCUGUCGAAACCUAACGUUGCCGGCUGGGGUGAGUAUAUUCGCUGGGUUGGAGCCGCUGCAGCGAGUGUGGUGGUUUGGGAAUGGGUCGAACGCAUAGAGGCGCUGGAAAGAGACGAAAGGAAAGAUGGGAUUCUCGGACGAGAGAUAUUUGACGGCGACGAAAUGCUGGAGGUUACUCCAUCCCAGGAGGUCGAUUGGCCUGGCUCACAUAACGGUAAAUAUGAUUGCGGAGGAAAUGAAGGUUCUGGUUCAGGCUGGGGCGGCGUCAUAGGUCUAACUCAUCGACCCCUGAAGACGCGAGUCACAUUCCAGAGCCGCUUACCUCAAGCCCGGAGGAAAACCAGGAAGACAACGACUGCAACAACUCCAGCUGCAAACGGCGCGUCUGGUAAUGGCGGCGGUGAUGUUAAUUCCACGCCUCCCCCAAAUACAACAACCCCUGUCAGCCGAACAGACACUGUUAGUGCUGCAAGCACAGUAUAUCGAGUCCGCUACCAUUCCGUUGGCAGCGUCACUUCAGACGGAAUGGAACGGGCGCCAGAUGAAGAAAUUCCAAAGGAGUUUCCGGCCCCUACUCACCCACAAUCUACUAUUAGCAGAGAUUUCUGCAGUCAUUCUCCGCCGAUACCAGUAAUGAACUCAGGGCUCGGGUGGAUAGUGCUAAAUAAUCCUUUUAAAAAACGACGCGGUUCUCCACCAACACAAGUAGCAACAGCUCAGGCAAAAUUGACACACACUUUGCAAUCAGGAUCUGAGACCGCGAACGGCGAUGGUACGAAUGACAAAACGUGGAAUUUCAAAUCAAAGCUUGACACAAUUCUCACCUACCGCCCUUGGGACAAAGGUAAAUUGUCGCGCGAGACGGAUCCUGAAGCACCCCUACCCGUCACUGUCAUCCCUGCACCACCCAGGAGCGGGCCCAGAGGCCAGUCACCCAGCAGGGACGAUGGAGAACAGGACACAUCGACCCAAGACCAGCGCGAUAUAAGAAGCAACUCUGACCUCCCAGUGAUGGUAAUUCCACCACCGUCACGAUCAUCAAGGACCUGGCCACUCCCUGUUGUAGAGCCAUCAUCGCAGGUUGGUGAGCGAAGAAACGAAUCGCUGGAAAGGCCAUUCGUGAGAGAUGGCGCUUCGCCUCGCCCCAGAAAGCAGACAGAUAGAGUUCAUGUUGGAGAUUCGAAUGAGCUUCCACAAGGUCAUCGGUCGGAUACCUCAAUUCACCCACACUACUGGGGUGGCGGGCUAGGACGGCGAAUUUCUCCUACGUCUGAAGUGCCCAUAUUGAUAGAAAAUGAACACGCAAUUAUUCAGGUUGUCCUCGUCAUCUUCGGGAAGCCCGGCUACUCAUAG